AUGGCCGCAUCUGCUACAGAGAUUGACGAUUUCUUAAGCGGACCUCUCGUUUCGUGGCUCAAAUCAUGCAUACCCAACCCGGACACAUUACAGGAGUAUUCCUCCUUGUUCAAUGGAGAUAUUUUAUAUCACAUGUAUCUCCAAAUAGACCCAGAGCCCUCCUUUCAUAUAACAAAGCUGACGGGUCUUGAAGAUCAAGCUCUUAUACUAGGAAGAGUGAAAAAUUUUGAUGCCAUCAUAAAAAACUUGAAAAAUUUGUAUGACGAGGAAUUAGGGAUGACGCUUUUAGUUGUACCGGAAUGUAUUUGCCUGGGAAAAGCACCGGAAACAAAGCAGGGGCUUGAAAAUAUGAAGCUAUUAGUACUAUUGCUGCUGGGUGCGGCCGUUCAAUGUCCGAACAAAGAGAUAUUCAUCACCAGGAUCAAGGAACUCGAUGUAGAUUUACAACAUAACAUUGUGCAAUGCAUAAAACAGGUAACAGACAUGCAAACAGUAGUUUUGACUCCGGAUGCAAUAGACCUCUUCCAAUCUCCAACGAUGUUCAAUCAUAUGAGAAGAUUGGCCAAAGAAAGAGAUCAUUAUCUACAGAACUGGGCAACUCUUGUACUUAACGAGGAUUUAUGUGAGAGUGAGAAUGAAAAUAAGAAUGUGAAUCGAUCGUCACAGAACAUAAGUCAGAAUAACGGUGAAAGUCAACAUUUGGCUGUUGAAUUGGCUGAUUGGAAGGCAAGGUUGAGGAAACAACGGCAGGAAUUGGAAGAAAAAUCAGAACAGUUAUCCGAAUGUAGAGAAGAAUUGGAACAUACAAAAUUAGUUCUAGCUAAAUUGCGUACAGAGAGCCAGGAGUGGUUUAACGAGGCGAGGAAAGCUACCGGCUACAGAGAUGAGGUUGACGCCUUGAGGGAAAAGGCUGAUAGAUGUGAUCGGUUGGAACAAGAAAUCCAGAGAUACAGAGACCGAUUGGCUGAUGCGGAGUAUUAUAAGACGCGGGUCACAGAACUGAGAGAAGAUAAUAAGGCUUUGAUGGAAACUAGGGAUGCACUAGAAGAACAAUUACAGAGGGCGCGCAAGAGGGCGGAACAAUGUCUAUCUUUAGAAGCUGCUAUGAUAAAACUCAAGAGAGAAGCCAAUGAUAUCGCUUUGGAAAGAGACGCCGAUCAACAAAAGAUACAAGAAUUAAUUGAAGAGAACAAUCAUUUGCAGUACAUCACUAGAUCGGUUUUGAGCGAAAGCAACAAUAGUAACUUGGAUACGGACAAUGAGUGCGAGAAUACUUUGGAAUCUGGUGAAAAUAGUCUCUCAGAACAAUUGACAAGCAACGCUCAGGCUAGAGCGCUGAAACUUGAACUAGAAAAUAAACGGCUGCUAUCAACUAUAGAUAGUUUAAGAGAACAAUCAUUACUAGAAGGAAGCGAUAAAGUUCUGGAUUUAGAGAAAGAAAAGAAAAGACUAACUCUAAAAUGCGAACAGUUACAGGAAAAUUGCAACAGAUUCAAGCAACAGAACUCUGAACUAGAAGAAGUUUUCAAGAACGCGCUAGAAGAGAACAGAAAACUACAAGAUUCGAUUGACAGUCAGAAAGCUUUUAUAGACAGACAAUCUAUAGAUAGAGAUUCAGAGAAAAAUAAAUUACAAGACUUCGAAAAUCAUUUAGAAUCACUGACCAAAGAUAAGCAAAGGAUGCAAAUGUUAUGCGACUCAAUACAAAGAAGAGCAGACGAUCUUGAAAGGACUUUGGACGCCAGAACCAAAGAACUGAAUGCUAUCAAACCUGAAGCAGAAAAAGCGACCUUAUUGAUCAUACAAACAGAGGAAUUAAAAACUAAAUUGACGUACAGCGAGAAGGAAAGCCACAACUUACAGAGAGAAGUCAAUAAAUUACGUGAAGCGGUCGAGGAGAAAGAUGUUAUUAUUGAUAGAAUAAGCACCGAAAUAGAAUUGAAGAACAAAGAAAUAGAAAGAUUUACGAGACAGAUAGAGAUCAAUCAGAAUCUAAGCAGUAGGUUACAAGACUUGGAGCAAAAGACGCAGGAAUUGAAGUCACAUAAGAAAGUUGACACGGAAACUAUACAGACGCUACAGAAAGAUCUUAUUCUAGAGAAGGUUAACUUCGAUAAACUAAGAAAUUGUAUGGAGAAGAUCGGCAUCAAUACAUCUGAUGUUAUAUCAAAAGAUGUGAGUGUCGAGGACUUGUUAGAGAGAAUAAUAACCAACGUUGACCACGAGGCUUUGAUAUCUGAAAUAACAUCGAAGACUAUUUUCUCAAAAUCGGUACCAUGUAAUUGUUAUAAUACAGAAAAACCGGAAAUCGACGAAAACAUUAUUAAUCCGCAGAUCGAACAAUUGACUGUGGAUUUGGCAGCCCUACAAGUGUCGCUCGAGAAUUGUCAAGCUGAAAACGCUAAGUUACAAGUUAAUAUAGCGACGUUGAACUCACAAAACGGCUCUCUAAUCUCCCAACAAAUGACACUACAGCUAGCCAACAGUCAAUUGGCGGCAGAGAAAGACGAAAUCAUGAAACAAUUGGAAGUAUUAAAAGAUAAACAAGAUAAUCUAUUACGAGACCAAGUCGCGCUACAAACAUUACACGAACAGUUGAACAUGGAAUAUGAAAUGUUACUCAGUGAAAAGGAACCCGUUAAGGCCACGAUAAGAGAUUUGAAACUUGAGAACAGAGAACUCAAGGAAAAACUAACUGGAUAUGAGAAAAAAAUAGCCGAUUUUGAAUUAGAGAGGGAAAAUCUAAAGAUAGAAUCUAGAAAUCUGACAAAUCUUAGAGCUGAACACUCCAAGUUGAAGGAGGACUUUAGGAAUUUGUUCACAGCAAGCGACAGACUUAAAAACGAAUACAGGAACAUGCAAGAAGAAUAUAGAAACCUUAGAAGCGAAGUCUCGCAACUAAAGUUACGAAACACAGAAAUGUCUGGGGAAAUAAACACGAAAGUAGAAGUUAUAACUAGUAUGGAAUUAGAAAUAAGUAAAACUAACCAACACUGUGAAAUGCUCAUACAGAUGAACAAAAGCUUGGACGCUGACAGGCGGUCCUUGAUGGACCAUGUGUCACAACUCCUGACGCAGUAUCACGAACUAUUGGCACAUUCAUUGAAAGACAAACAGCAUUACCACGAAGAAGAAAAGAUGUUCGCCGACAGAGUGAACGCUUUAUGCCGUCAAAAGGAAAAACUAGAGGAAAAAAUCAUGGAACAUUACAAAAAAUUAGACAACUGCACUACAAAGAGGCGCGGUUUCGGCGCUUCGUUUGUGAAACGAGUGCGAAAAGCCGGUACCGAUUUGAUCAAUAAAGUUCCGUCCAGGAACAAAAGGAUAGAAGACGCGAACAGAUCUAAAUCACAACUAACACUUGCUGGAUCAGAAUCCGGGGAAUCUGAUCCCGGGCAAGAUAUAGAGAAAUUAUCCAAACAUUCAGACUACGAGCAAGGAUCUUCAAACCCUAGCGUGGAAUCCCCAAGACAUAGCGUGGAUUCAAGCUUCAACAGACGCUUUGAGGAUACAUUUAAGAAAUCGGACAAUAUAGAUAUGAGUGGAUCUAUUCAUAGUCUUGACCCCAGGUUGAACGAAGGCAAUUUUGUAAGGAGACUCUCAGCGGCCUCUAUACAUAGUGGAGGUGGUGACGAUGCCCUUAUUAGGGCUUCUUUAAGACGACGACCUCAUAAAGCCGUUCCGCCUACACAUAGAAAUAGUUUUCAAGGAUUGGAAGCCGAUUCCAGCCUGCCAGCAGCUUCAAAUCCCUCCCCAGUUUUUGGGACAGCAGGCACCCGAAGAACAGUUUACUUGGCCGAGGAUAACCCAGAAGUAAACCUGAAUAGUAAACCUCAGAGCACUCCAAUCAAAGAAAAUCCUACUUAUCUAGUGUACAAUAGAAUAUCAACAGUUAUAGGAGACGGUGCCUCUCAAAGUAACAAUGAUAGAAUAAAUGAUAGAAAUGUACCGGAACAUUCUAGAAACACAGAAGAAAAUACAGUAGAGAAAGAAGCUUCUAGAGAUAAGUCCAUCAACCGUAAAGAUAUUAAUGAAUCCUCAAAAGAAACUGCCAUUUGGUAUGAAUAUGGGUGCGUUUGA